UGGGGAGGGUGCAGCUGCAGUUAGAGUUGAUGUUUCACUUCCUCACUGGGUGUGAGCCUAGGCCCAGCUCUGUGGACCAGCGGGACCAGGACUAGAAGAUGGCAGGUGGGGGCAGUGACUUGAACAUCAGGAUGCUCACAGAGGACCAGGACACAAAGAAAAAGAACGCAGAGGAGCACUUUUUCCAUGAGAUUUUCAUGCACUUCAAAAAAAAUAAGGUGGUGAUGGCAACUGCAAUAAAGAAGACAUUUCCUUUCUUUAUGGGCCUCCGAGACCAUUGCUUCCUGUCUGAGCAGAAGUAUGAACAUUUUCUAGAAGCCUGUGCAAACCUGGUCCCAGUGGAAAGAGUGGCAUAUGAAAUCCUUACUGAACUGGAGAAGACGUUUGACUUGUCACUUCUGGAAGUCUUGUUCAGCAAGGUGAACAUGAAGGCCUAUCCUGAUUUAAUUGAGGUUUACCAAAGCUUCCAAGAUGUGCUCUGUGGGCUUGUAGCUGUACAAGAGAAUGAAAGAAGAAAAUCAGAAGAAAUGCCCAGGCUACUACCUUAUGAUGGAGAAGUGAUUCGUGAUAUUCAAUUAGAUGGUGGAGAAGAGACUCAGGAGGUGGCCAGCACCCAAUCCAUUUAUGAACAAGCAUCCUCUGAACUAGGCACUCCCCAGAUGAAUAAAGAAGGAGACUCAGAAGAGCUUGCUCCUACCCUACUACCCCAUGAUGGACAAGAUACCAUAGAUACUGGAAACAAUUCUACUUUGAGAAAACAAAAGAGAAAAAGAAGAAAAAAGAAAGGGCAUUCUUGGACAAGAAUAAAAAGGAAAGGUCAGAAAAACAUACAUCAAAGAGAUAACGGCAAAGUGGAUGGCCCCUUGGUCUCGAGAGGAACAAAGGUGAAAGUGAAUCUUCAAGGCUCUGCCAAGAUUUGGGGGAGAAAGAGAGGCAGACCUGGAAUCCAUUUAACUCGGAAGCAAAAAAGAGGCCAACCAAGAGGUUCAAGAAAGCACACAGAUAAAAUUGUGGAUUUUCACUCCCUUGUACUUCCUGUGACCUGUGGUGAGGUAAAAGGGACUUUAUAUAAGAAGAAAUUGGAAAAAGGAGCCUCGGAAAAGUGUAUACAGCAUGAGGAUGGGAACUGGCUCACCCCCAGGGAAUUUGAAAUCAAAGGAGGCCACGCAAGAGCAAAGUACUGGAAGCUGAGUGUGCGCUGUGGCGGACGGCCCCUACGGUGGCUGAUGGAGGAAGGAUUUCUACUGAAUCCUCCAAGAAAAUAUCAUAGGAGGAAAAAGAGAAGACUGAAGCCUCACAACGAUAACUUAGUUGGCCCUUACCCAGGAAACUCAGAAGAGUGUGAGGUGUGCCGCGAUGGAGGACAGCUGUUCUGCUGUGACACUUGUUUGAGAUCCUUUCACGAGGAAUGUCACAUCCCACCUGUGGAAGUUGAGAGGACCCCGUGGAGCUGCAUCUUCUGCAGGAUGAAGGAAUCUUCAGGAAGCCAACAGUGUCAACAGGAAUCUGAGAUCCUGGAGAGGGAGAUGUUGCCUGAGGUACAGAUGAAAUGUGAGUUCCUCCUCUUGAAGGUCUAUUGCUGUCCAGAGAGCUCCUUUUUUGCCAACAUUCCGUAUUAUUACUAUAACAGAGAGGAUCCUCAGGUCCUAAAGGAGCCCAUGUGGUUGAACAAAAUCAAGAAGCGACUGAGUGAGAAGGGUUACCACCGAGUGGAGGGGUUCGUGCAGGACAUGCGCCUCAUCUUUCAGAACCACAGAGCAUCCUACAAGCUGAAGGACUUCGGCCAAAUGGGACUUAAACUGGAGGCUGAAUUUGAGAAGAAUUUCAAGGAAGUGUUUGCUAUUCUGGAAACAAAUGAGAACAGUUCACUUGUGUAAUAAUGCUGUAAUAAUGCCAAAUGCCCUUUUCUACCCCUCUCCAGAGGAUUUUGCUGAGCUAAAUGGAUCCGGCUUUACCUGGAGGUCAUGGCCCUGUGGCCUCACGGUGGAGCCAGUGCUCUGGUGUGAUUGACGCUCCUGUCCUCCCUGUGGGAUCAAGUAGGUGCAUCCUUGCUUAGCUUUCCACUCACCCUAUCAUUCUUCCCUCACUCCCUUCUUAGAGAACUGUUAGAAUAAAUCACUUCACUAAGAGACUUCAUCUCAUUCUAUUCUUUUAGGAGCCUCAACCAAAGAUAGUUGGUACCAGAAAUGGUCCUAGAAAGUAUGCUCUUAGGAUGACAUUCUGGGGUAGAAUCACUCUCUAGCCAGAUGGUGACAGGUGGAGUACUGAUAGUCCCUGGAGUGCUGUAACAGAGUAAUUGCCAAGAAUUUCACCUGUGAUAAACUAGAUGAGCUAUAGUGAAGGGAAUAACUAGCUGGUGCAAUUGUCUGGGAUUUAAGAAGGGAGAAAUUGUAACUAUAAGAACUAUGGACUUGUGUGGCUUUUGAUAAGUCCCAUUGAUGUGUUGGAAAGAGUACAUGACAGGCUUAGAUGAGUCAGAUCUAUUAAUAAAAAAAAAAAAAAUUUUUUUAUUAGCAACCAUUAAAGGCAGCAUUUA